CCCACCUGUGGUUCUGUCUGCUUAGUUCUGUUCAGCUGAGGCAGCAGUUGACCCCCGGACUGGUCCAUUUUGCUGGAUUCUAGGGCCCAUCGGUUCACCGUCAAAUUAACUAUGUUAGUGGUUAGUUAAUACAAUUUGCAGUUGGUCUUCAUUUUUUAUUAUUUGUAGGUUGAGAAUAAUUUAGUUUUAAAUGUAACCGCUCUCCAGUUUGGAAUUUCAGCAGCUAUCUGGUUGCUAGGGUCCAGACUACCCCUAGCAACCAGUGAUUUGAAUGAGACGGGACCGUGAAUAGAAUAGGGCCUAAAUACAAAGCUGACAUGGCCAGCAUGCUGUCGAAACGUCUUGGCAAGAGGUCCCUCCUUGGGGCCAGGGUCUGCACCCCGACUCUGUCUGCUGAUGGAAUGCUGGUAGAUGGGCAGAUGUCCAUACAAGCGGAGCUUUCUGCUGGACUGGGUGCUGGUGCGUUUGAAGGUGGAUACUGCAAGGAAUGCCCCGAGGAUGGCAGCUGUGCUUCCGGAAUCUCUCCUAUCAGCCGCUUUAAGCUGUAUCCUGGCCAAAAGGUUUAUAUCACGCACAAUGGCAGGGAGUACGUUGGUGCGGUGGAGCAGCACAAUCACGUGGAUGACGAGGUGAAGCUGUUUGUGUUCGAGCUGGGGCUCCACCUCUGCAGGAAGAUGGAGGACGUGCGCCUCGCUGAGACCCACAAACCAAUGUCCUCCCCGACUGAGCAGACUCUUCCAACAAGCCCCGGGGCGACUUCCACCACUGCACAGAGAUCUGUGUCUCGCAGCAUCGACGUCCCCAAAAGGAGGUCAGAUGCGGUAGAGAUGGAUGAGAUGAUGGCAGCUAUGGUACUGACCAGCUUAUCCUGCAGCCCCAUUGUACAGAGCCCACCGUGCACUGACACCAUCCCAGCUCCUCAAGUAACAUGUGACUUGUGGAAAGAGAGUGGAGAUGUGUCGGAUAGUGGCAGCAGUACCACCAGUGGGCAUUGGAGCGCCGGCAGUGGGGUCUCCACUCCUUCCCCACCCCACACCGAAGCUAGCCCAAAGUACACCGGCGAGGUCUUCAGCGCUUCCCACGUGGAUGAGGGCUUUGAGACUGACCCUGAUCCCUUCUUGUUGGAUGAACCAGCACCACGGAAGAGAAAGAACUCUGUUAAAGUCAUGUACAAGUGCCUGUGGCCAAACUGCGGGAAACUCCUUCGUUCCAUUGUCGGCAUUAAGCGCCACGUGAAGACACAACAUCUCGGUGAUGGCUUGGAUUCUGACCAGCGCAAGAGAGAGGAGGAUUUCUACUACACCGAGGUCCAAAUGAAGGAGGAUUCUGAAGCUGAGCCCACACCAAAAAGUCCAAGCACUGCCACUGCUCCCCUUCUCAUUCAGCCGGUGCCAGCCAAACCCGAGACCCAUGCUUUGGAGGUGCCAUCAGUAGAAUCUCCAUUGUCCAGUGCCCUCAGCCAAUCUGCUCCAGGCUCCUUUUGGCACAUUCAGGCUGAUCAUGCUUACCAGGCGCUGCCUUCCAUCCAGAUUCCAGUUUCCCCUCAUAUCUUCACCAGUAUAAGUUGGGCAGCUGCUCCUUCCACAAUCCCGACUCUUUCUCCGAUACGAAGUCGGUCACUCAGCUUCGGUGAACAGCAACAGCAGACGCCGUCGAUAAAGUCCCACUUAAUUGUGGCGUCUCCCCCGCGGGCCAGCAAUGGCAACCGGAAAAUCCGAGGUGAAGCCAAGAAGUGCCGUAAGGUUUAUGGCAUUGAACAUCGUGACCAGUGGUGCACGGCUUGUCGGUGGAAAAAGGCCUGCCAGCGCUUCCUGGACUGAGCGUCUCGGCGAGACGGCGGCGCUCUACUGAAAGGUGGAAAACUUCGGCUUCAAUUCCUGAAGCGUCACGGAGUUGUCAUUGAGACAUCUCUUAGAAAGGGGUGGUGACAAAAGACUUUGUAAAUUCCAGAACCUGUAAAGAUGUAAAUUCCUAUACGACGUGUAUGUUAGCCAGAUUACUUUUUAAAGAUCUUUUUAUUUUUUAUUUUAUCUUUUUUUGGUCUUUAGACUGUAGCGUUUUAUUUUGUUUGUUUGUUUUUAAUCUUUGCUACAUGGAAGUGCAGGGACCAAAGUGUUUUAACCCUUUUUAUUUCCCCCCAAACCCGCCUUGCUAUAGUUUGAUAAGAUUUUACUAGUUACCCGUCCUGUAAUAUAGCGUCUUGUCCUGCUCUCUCCUCUCGAUGCACCUGUGAAAAAGUUCUAUGAUAUAUAUUUUUUUUUCUUUUGUAUACAUAGAUUUUAAAAGUCCUCCAAAGUGUAAAUACAGUAAAGAUACAUUUUCUAGCCCCUUGGUCGUGGAGGGCGUUCGUCAGCUUUUUUUGUUUUGGUCGUUGGGAACUUGUAAGAGAUAAUAGAUGAUGAUAUUAUUUUCCAGCAGGGGGCAGCCUCGGGGUGAGCGCUGGGAGACAGUGGGGCUUGUUUAUGGAAAGGGGAAACGAUGCCUCUUUCUCUAUUCACUUGUAUGGAAUGUUUAGGGGCUUGUGAGAAGAAAUGUACCAACUCCGACAUUAAGGCACUCAUCAUCAUUAUAGAAAACUCACCAAAGUGAAGGGGGCCCAGCCACCCCAGCCCCUCGGCUCAGGGGAGCGGAUAAACCUUGUGCAAAUUAACCAAAAAAUGACUUGUAGGGCAGGGUUAAAUGUCGCAGCACGCUGAAAAAUUUUCAACUUCCAUGAUUACGUGACAAAGUCAUGUGUUUUUACAGAUUCAGUUCGGCCAGGAGCGUGGAUUUAGCCAAAUCCGAAUCCUGGAUUCGGUGCUUCCCUAGAGGGCUUUCUGGGAACCCGCAAACAGGCCAACAAAAAUGUUAUUAAAAGUUGAAAAAAAUCUUUAUUGAACAAAUCAUCUCACAAAAGCCUGACGCGUUUCGUGUCUGACACUGAGGGGCCCAUUUAUCAAUGUACAAUUGGUUACGAGUAGAAAAAAUUCAUAUUUUUUUUCUAACUUUUAGAACUGUGCGUAUUUUCUGUGACUUUUUCGUACUUAGUGACAAUUUGUGCGACAAAAUCGUAUUUGUCGCAACGAGUACGAAAGUCAGAAAGGUUUUUGCGAUCGUUGGGACAUGAAAAUUUUAUGCCUAUCGGAUCGCCAUAUGUAAACUAUCCUUUCAAAACGAAAAUUUUGGAACUUUCGGAUCGUAAAUAUGAAAUUUUCGUAUUCAAAUGAAAAUAAUUUUCGUGACAUUUUCGAUCAUCAGAAAUGAUCGGAUUUCAUGAUUCGUAUUCGGACAUUAGUGAAUCGGCCCCUUAAUCAUAGGCUUCUAUGAUUGUGUCGGACACGAAACGCGUAAGGCUUUUGUGAGAUGAUUUUUCACUAAAGAUUCUUUUAAUAACAUUUUGUUUGAGGGUUCCCCGAGUUCCCUGUACCUCAUUUUUUUGGGUUACUUUGCACGUGAGGGGGUUCACCCUUUGGGAAAUAUACCCCUAAACAUCCCAUACAAGUGGACAGAGUGGUGAAAUGUCCCUCUGGGGGGACGUGUGUUGGGCUCGACUUAACCUUUAGAUAAAUGUGCCCCAUUAUGUGUAACAUGGUGGCAAAUGUUAUUCUGAUACUGCAUAAAGCCGACAGUUAGCUUUUACUGAUAAUGUGAUGAGAAUGAUAAAGCAAAUGUAUUAUUGGUUGUUAUAACCAGUUAUAUAAUUACCCAUAAGGCAACUGACUGCAACAAAAGGA